AUGGGCCAAACUUCAAGUGGUCAACCACAACUUUCAGAUUGCAUUUGUUUAUGUUUGGUGGAUGAAAAUGAUGAAAACAUUGAAAACUGGAUUUUCUGUGCAGGAUGCGGAAAAUGGUAUCACCGUAAAUGUAAUUUAGUUAAUGAUGAUGGUGCCAAUUCAUUGGUUAAUGGUAAUGAUUGGUAUUGUCCGGUUGCUAAGUGUCAGAAAGUGUUUUCUUCGCUGAAUAAGGAUGUUGAUGUUGGUCGACCGGUUCGAGGUCGGUUAGAUAGAAAGUGUAAGGGGAAAGUUGCAGUCUCUGCUUUAGAUUUUUCUUCUGAAGAAGUUGUUUCUGAUAGGGUAGUUUGUAGUGCUUGUGGUUUCUUAGCUAAGAAUGCUCGUGGUCUGAAAGUGCAUAUGGCUAGACAUAAGGGCGUUAGUGAUGUUGUUAAUCCGUCAGUAGGUGUUGACGGUUUUUCGGGUUCGUCGGGAAAAGUAGGUUCAUCAGAGUGUUUGGAAGACUUUGGAGUUCUUCUUAAUAGGUGUAGGCUCUCAGUUCCUUUGACGAGAAUUAUUCAGAAAUCUGUAAGGAUUGUGGUUUGUCAAGAGUUAGCUGCGGUGGUUGAAAGGUUAGUGAAGAGAAAUGAUGUAGAAUCAUGGAUGAGGUUGCUUGCUUUCCCUUAUAUUGUUCUGAAUAAUAGGUCGAAGGGCAAAGGUGGUAUUAAUGUGAUCAGGCAUAAUCUGGGUGUUUUUAGGAACUGUGUAGAUGUUGUCAAGGCGUUGACGGAUGUUUUGAAUGACGCUAGUGUUCCAUUUGUUGUUAGUAAGGUUGUUGAUAGGGACAGUGUUGUUGUGAAGGUUGCGACUAGGAAGGUUGGUGAGGGAGAUGUUAAAGGAGCUGUUAGAGUUUUGUGCUCGAGUGAGUCAGUAGCGCCUCAGUCAAUAGAGACUGUGACUAAGUUAAAGGGCAAGCAUCCGGAUGAUAAUGGUGAGGUUUUUGAGGAGGUAAAGUUAGAUAGUAAUUUGCAGGCUACUGAUGUUAAGGAUGUUUUGGGUGCUAUUAGAAGCUUCCCGUUGAGUUCUUCAGGGGGAAUAGGUGGUUUGAGGCCCCGACAUUUGAAGGAUUUAGUUUCUUUUACUUGUGGUGAUUUUGGGAAUCGGUUGUUGAAGGCAAUAGCUUCUUUGACGGAUGUUAUUAAGCGUGGGAAGGUUCAACAGGACGUGUGUAAGAUAUUUUUCGGGGCUUCGUUGACUGCCCUUAUGAAAGGUGAAGACGAUGUUAGGCCAAUUGCAGUAGGGAUAGUUUGGAGACGUUUGGCAGGAAAGGUGGCUUGUUGUAAUGUCAGAGAUAGUUUAGUUAAGAAGUUAAAGCCUGUUCAGUUUGGGUUUGGUGUUCCGGGAGGUGCAGAAGCGUUGGUUCAUGCAGUUCGUCGGUUUUGUACAGUUCAGCAUGACAAGCCGAUGGCCUUGGUUAAGUUCGAUUUCGGUAAUGCUUUCAAUAUGUUGUUUAGGAAGUUCAUGCUAGGUGAGGUUAGAGACGUUUGUCCUGAGUUGUUGGCUUUAAUGCAACAGUCUUAUAGACAUUUUUCUAAUCUUUAUUUUCUUGAUGAAACUCUGCUUUCAAGAAGAGGGUUUCAACAAGGAGAUCCUUUGGGACCUCCCGGUUUCUGCAUAGGUAUUAUGAAGAUGACGCAUUCAUUAGAUGCAAGGUUGAAUGGUUGGUAUUUAGAUGAUGGUAGUAUUGGUGACGUGCUUUCUGUAGUAUUGGGGGAUAUUAGGAAGAUUUUAGAAUUUUGUGAUUUGUCAGGGUUGCCUUUGAAUGCUAAGAAGUGUGAAGUCUUUUUUGUGAGUGCUAGUGAAGGUGAAGCGGCUCAUAUGUACUCUGAGAUUUCGUCAUUGUUACCAGGGAUUAAGCGGGUUGAUGAGUCUUCGUUGGAGAUGUUGGGCUCGCCUGUUUUUGAGUUAGGUUUAGAAAGGAUGUUUUCAGCAAAAGUUGAAUCUAUCAAGUUGAUGUGUGAUCGUUUAACUUUGAUGGAUGUUCAUCCUGCUUUGUGUGUUUUUAGGAAGUCUCUCGGUAGUUCUAGGUUUAAUUAUUUGUUGCGUUCUUCGAAGGCGUUUUUGUUAGGUGAUCGCUUGAGAGCUGUUGACGAGAUUUUCCGUUCAACUCUCGAAGCCAUUGCGAAUGUGAAGAUGUCUGAUUUUUCUUGGGACCAGGCUUCUCUUCCUUUAAGCUUUGGAGGUAUAGGUGUUAGGAAAGUUGAGGAUAUUGCGAUGCCAGCUUAUCUGUCGUCUGUUUAUUCUACUUUAGAACUGUCGAGUGAGAUAUUGAGAAAGUUUAGUUUUCAGGUAAUCGAAACUAGUGUUUUGGAAUUAAUUGAGGAAAUACCUCGAGAUUUUGUUCCAGAAGGUGACGAGAAGAAGAAGAAGCAAAAGAAUUGGGAUCUGCCGAUGAUUAAGAGUAAAUUCGAUGAGAUGUUUGACUCCAGCGAACCUGUUGCUCGUGCAAGACUACUUGCAUCAUCAACCAAAGAAUCUUCAAAGUGGUUGCAAGUAGUUCCAUCGAGCCAAUUGGGUUUGCUAUUGGAUAACAACUCUGCUAGAAUUGCUGUUGGUCUUCGUUUAGGUUCUGGUUUAUGCGAGGAACAUAAGUGUGUUUGUGGUGGAAUGGUUCAAAAGGAUGGCUUACACGGCUUAUCAUGCAAAAUGAAAAUUAAAAAAAUUGCUGCGCAUGAUGAAGUCAACAAAGUUUUUUCUCAUGCAUUUUCUUCAGCAGGAUUUCCAACCAUGUUACAACCGCCAGCUUUCGAGACUUUAGGCUGUAUGGGACCUGAAACAAAGAAAUUCAUUGAGAAAUUAGGAAAAAUUAUAAAGGCCACUUCAGGGGAACCGCGAUCAAUGGAUUAUUUAUUGCAGAAAAUUUCAAUUGCGAUACAAAGAGGCAACGCUGCGUGUAUUUUGGGGACUUUGGGAACGGAUAGAGUAGAUGAUUUUUAUGUUUUGUAACCUUUGAUUUUUGAAAAGAUCGUUUUUUUACGGGCUGCGUCAUU